AUGACACAAUAUUUAUCGAAAGAUUCUUUAUUUUUGAAAUUACCUACUGAUUUAUCUAAAGAUGAAAUUUCUGUACUAGAUUUAUAUCAUGAUAUCACUUCCUUAACAACGACACCAACACCAAAAGUUACAUUCGAUUCAAUAAUCAAUAAGACAUAUUAUUUAUUAAAAUCAACUAAUGAUAUUUCUAAUGCGUUGAAACUAUGGCAAAUUAGAUUAACUUGUCAUUUAUUUAAUAAUCAAUUGAGUUAUGCUAAAAAGGAACUGAUUAAUUUAAAUAAUACAUUAUAUUUACAAGAAAAUCAUAAUAUUACUCCACCACCUCCACCACCAGCAGCUUCCUCGUCAUCAUCAUUAUCAUUAUCAAAUGGAUCAACACCAAAUGCUACCACCACCACCACUAAUAAUAAUCCAAUAUAUCCAUUACCUAAGAAUAAUCAAUUGAUUAUAGAUUUCAAAUUAUUAAUACUUUUAUUAAGAUUAAAAAAUUUCCCUAAUAUGAAUUUAAUUAAUGAAUUAUAUAAAUUAAUUUAUCAAUUAAGAUUGAAAAGAAAUGAUAAUAUUAAUAAUGAUCAAAUUUCGUUAUUAUUGGUUAAGAAUUUACAAAAUUUGAGUUAUGAUAAUAUUGUUAUAUUGACACUCACUAAGAAUUAUUUAACUUUGAUUAAUUUCUUAUCUAAUUUAAUUCAAGAAUUGAAAGAAUUAAAAGACAGCGAAGAUAAGAAACAAAAUAUGGCCAAUUCUUUUGAUUGUGAUUAUUAUUCCAAUAUAAAUUUGAUUUAUUUAAUAAUCAAUUUAAUUGUUCACCAUAAGAAUCAUAAUCAAAAUCAUAUAGAUGUGGUUAUAAAUGAUACAAAUUUCAAUCAUAUUUGGAAUACUCAAAUCAAUGAAACAACUAAAAACUCAUUAAUUUAUACAUUACAACAUAUUCCUCCAUCUAUUGCUUCUAAACAUGAUAAUAAUCCACAAGAAUCAUCUAUACAAUUCAAAUGUGAUUCAAUUAAAGAUUUAGGUCAAUUGGUUCAAGAAGGAAAAAUCACAGGAAGAAUAAUAUGUUCAAUGUUAGGAAUUUGGGAUUUAUCUAAUACUUAUGGGUUUACUUUAUCUAAUAAUUCAAAUUCAGAUGGUAAUAGUGCGUUACAAUUCACGAAAAUUAACUCCCAAGAAGAUCAUCAACAACAACAACAUUUGGAUAUCAAUACAUUGUCCAAAGAUGAGAUAAUCAAUAAAUGUUGUGAUUUACUCAAUGAUCAAUGGUGUAAUUAUAUCAAUAAAGUAUAUGGGCUUGAAUAA